UUUUUUUUUUUUUUUUUUCGGUUUAUUAUUCCUCAAUGAUUAACCGAUCCGCUUUCCGCGCCGCGACGCGGCAGAUUCGGGCUUCUGUCCGGCCGUCCGUGACGAGACGACAGGCCUCGUCGUCGUCGGCGACGUUCGAUUGGGAGGAUCCCCUUGCUGCGAAGGAAUUGUAUACAGAGGAGGAAUUGGCUAUUCAGGAUACGGCUAGGCAGUAUUGUCAGGAGAGGUUGUUUCCGAGGGUUCUAGAGGCCUACCGUAAUGAGAACUACGACCGCAAGAUCCUGGAGGAGAUGGGGGAGCUGGGACUCCUGGGAGCGUCUAUUGAGGGCUAUGGUUGUGCUGGAGUCAGCACUGUCGCGUCUGGACUGAUCACUAAGGAAGUUGAGCGCGUGGAUUCCGGGUUCCGGUCGGGAAUGUCGGUGCAGAGCUCUCUCGCGAUGACGGGUAUCUACGAGUUUGGAUCGCAGGAGCAGAAGGACAAGUUCCUGCCGGGGCUUGCUAAGGGUAAGAUCCUGGGCUGCUUUGGUCUGACGGAGCCGAAUCAUGGGUCGGAUCCAGGCUCUAUGGAGUCUGUCGCCAGAGAACAUCCCACUAAGAAGGGGUACUACUCGCUUUCUGGAACGAAGACGUGGAUCACCAACUCCCCCAUCUCCGAUGUGCUUCUGGUGUGGGCGCGACUGGAGAGCACCGGCAAGAUCCGCGGGUUCCUGAUCGAGCGGGACCAGUGUCCUCCUGGCACUCUCGAGACUCCAGCGAUCAAGAACAAGACGGCUCUGCGGGCAUCGAUCACGGGGAUGAUCCAGAUGGACGACUGCCCCGUGCCGGCGGAGAACAUGCUCCCCAACAUCGAAGGUCUCAAGGGGCCCUUUACGUGUCUCAGCAGCGCCCGUUUGGGUAUCGCUUUCGGCACCAUGGGCGCGCUGGAGGACUGUCUUGCGCGUGCGCGGACGUAUGCCCUGGAAAGGAAGCAGUUCAAGGGCAACCCUCUGGCCAAGUACCAGCUGAUCCAGAAGAAGCUGGCCGAUGCGGCCACGGAUGCCGCCUAUGGUACUCUGGCAGCGACGCAGGUGGCCCGGCUGAAGGAUGAGGGCAAGGCAGUGCCAGAGAUGAUCUCGAUGGUCAAGCGACAGAACUGUGACCGGGCGCUGGUGAAUGCUCGAGUGCUCCAGGAGAUCUUUGGCGGUAACGCCGCAAGUGACGAGUACCAUAUUGGACGACACGUCGCCAAUCUGUUCGUAGCCCAAACAUAUGAGGGACAGAGUGAUAUCCACUCUCUGAUCCUUGGUCGGGCCAUCACGGGCGUUCAGGCAUUUGUCUAA